AACUGUGUAGGAGGAGUGAGUAAAAGACAAGUUUGGGUAAAAGAGGGGAGCUGUAAGUAGGGACUUCAGGCCCCUAGUUUAGACAUCACUGUGCGACGGAUGGACAGCCAGUCAGACCCGUCACGGCACUCGUACGACUACUCGGCACUACUAACUAACUGAAAUAUCUAAUUCUAAAAAGAAUACUUGUUCAAGUUCAAAAAAUAUUCAAACGUCAAUAUAUAUUAUCAAUUUUUUUUUCUUUAAUUUGAUUUUUUUUAAUUUUGAUAUUAUUUUAAAAAUAUCAAGUUAAAGUGUGUAAUAUAUUGUGAAUUAAAAACAAGUUAAUAAAGCAACAAAAAAUAUACAAUCAGUGAUAUAUUAAAAAAAAAAAGUGACUGAAAAAAAAAUUUGAAUUUCAAAUUUUAAUUGAGUGAAAAAAAAAAAAGGAAUAAACAUUUAAAAAAAAAUUAUAAAUUAAUAAACAAUGAGCGUGGCAUUAGCAGCAAUGGAAAGUGCAUAUGGUUUGCGACUUCUUGGUAGUCAUCAACUGCCAUUUCAUCAUUUACAUCAUCAUCAUCAUCAUAAUAUACAUAAUCAAUUGCACACAUUAUCAGCAUCAUCACCAAGUAAUUUAAAUUUACGACAACAACCAGUACAAGAAACAGAAGCACCAUUACGUUUUAGUGUUGUUAAUAUAUUAAGACCUGAUUUUGGACGUGAUGCAAUAAUUAAAACAACAAACAAUAAAGCAAUAAAUAAUAAAAAAAAAAUUAAUAAAACAAAUAAAAAUUCAUUAAUUGUACCACAUGAUUUAAGUUUAUCAUCAUCAUCAUCAUCAACGACAUCUUCAUCAAGACUUUCACCACAAUCACCACCGACAAUUUCAUCAAUACCAUCAACAUCAAGAUAUGAGGUGGUUAACCGUGAUAGAGAUACAACAUUCACAGAAACAACAUCACCACUUCAAAGACACUCAACAGGACUCAGCAGGAGUGGUAGUCUUGAAAGUCUUGCUAGUAACCGCAGUUCAAUAAAUGGUUCUUUAACUGGAACACCAUCAUUGUCUUCAGCAGCAUCAACUGUCGGUACUGAAUCAAUAAGUGGAGACAGUGUUGCUGGUAGCACUGCUGGAUCCCAGACAUCAUCAGCUAAUGGACAAAACCCAUGGCCUGCAUGGGUCUACUGUACAAGAUAUUCCGACAGACCAUCCUCUGGUCCAAGAACAAGAAGAGUCAAACGCACAUCAACAAGUGAAAAAACACCUGCAGUUGUCGAUGAAAAACGUCCGAGAACAGCAUUUAGCAGUGAACAAUUGGCAAAAUUAAAAAAAGAAUUUACGGAAAAUCGUUAUUUAACUGAACGUAGAAGACAACAGUUAUCAAAUGAUCUUGGAUUAAAUGAAGCACAAAUUAAAAUAUGGUUUCAAAAUAAAAGAGCUAAAAUUAAAAAAUCAACUGGUCAUAAAAAUCCAUUGGCAUUACAACUUAUGGCACAAGGACUUUACAAUCAUUCAACAGUACCAGUUGAUGAAGAUGGCGAAGAAAUAUUUGACCCUUCAAGUCAAUAAUUUUUCAACUUUAAACCACAUUUUUUUAUUAUGAAACUUUUUUUUUUUUUUUAAAUUUUUAAUCAAGCUUGUUUGAAAUGAUGACAUAGGGAAAAAAAAAAAGAAAAAAGUUUAUGCAAUUUAAUGCAUAUUCAAUAGACUGAAAAUUGCAUAUAAAACUUUUUAAAUUAUUUCAACAAUAUGCAAUUGACAAAGAAAAGUUUU